AUGCCUCAACUCAUCAACAUCACACUAUACUCUCUCUUGUCAUUUGUUUUUCAAGGUACUUUCAAGCGUCAAGUCGAAGUUGGUCGUGUUGUCCUCGUUAACUACGGUCCCGAUGCCGGUAAGUUAGCCGUCAUUGUUGACAUUAUUGAUCACAACCGUGCCCUCAUCGACGGUCCUACCACCGGUGUUGUUCGUCAAGCCUUCUCUUACCGUCGCAUGGUCUUGACUCCUCUUGUCAUCAAGGACCUUCCUCGUCAAGUUGGUCAAACUGCUCUUGUCAAGGCUCUUGAGAAGAACAAGGUUGUUGCCGCUUGGGAACAAACUGCUUGGGCUAAGAAGCUCGAACAACGUAAGGUUCGUGCUGGUUUGUCCGAUUUCGAUCGUUUCAAGGUCUCCAAGUUGAAGAACCAACGUCGUUUCGCUGUCGGUGCUGCUGUUGCCGCUGCCAAGAAGCAAACCGCCUAAAUUUCUUCACAUCAUGUAUAAUUCAAUAAAAAUUGUUUAAGAGAGGGGAUGUCUUUGCCUUUAGUAAUAAACAA